UUUAUCGGAGAGAUGUUGUGGCAGAGGUCAACCUCUUCCCCUGGGAGGAGACUUAAAGACACUAAACUCAUCCUUAAUCCAGAGACGGCAGCUGCGCAGACAGAGCAGUGAAAGGCGGAUCAACCCUCUGGAGGGCUCACGGGACUGUUUUGGACGGGGGAUUUUUCGCAGCUUCGCUCCGACAGACGAUGUCUUUCCGAGCUGAGGAGAAUCUCACCUGUCCCGUCUGCCAGGACAUUUUCAACGAGCCCGUCAUCCUGACGUGCAGCCACAGCUUCUGCAGAGACUGUGUGCAGACGUGGUGGAGGGGCAAGCCCUCGCACGAGUGUCCCGUCUGUAAGGAAAAGACUUUGCUGAGCGAUCCGCCUCGCAACUUGGCCUUGAAGAACCUGUGCGAGUCCUUCUUGCUGGAGCGAGACAGCAAGAGGUCCGAGUCCGUCUGCGGUCUGCACGGCGAGAAGCUCAAACUCUUCUGCCUGGACCACCAGCAGCCCGUGUGCGUCGUCUGUCUGCAUUCCGAAACACACAAGGACCACGGGUUCCGACCCGUCGACGAGGUCGCGCAGAACCGCCGAGACGAGCUCCAGAGACACCUGACGCCGCUGCAGGGGAAACUGACGCUCUGUCAACGAGUCAGAGCAAACUGCGAGCAGACGGCAGAACACGUCGAGGUGCAGGCCCGGCGCACGGAGGGGGAGAUGAAGAGGCAGUUCGAGAAGCUCCACCGGUUCCUGCGAGAGGAGGAGGAGGCCAGGAUCGGUGCUCUGAGGGAGGAAGAGGAGCUGAAGAGUCGGACGAUGAAGGAGAAGACGGAGGCUCUGGGCAGAGAGAUCGCAGCUCUGUCUCACGCCGUCAGAGCCGCAGAGGAGGAGCUGAGAGCCGAGGACGUCUCCUUCCUUCUGAACUACCCGGCUGCAGAGGAGAGGCUCCGGCGGCGCCCGCUGCCCGACGACCCGCAGCCGCUCUCCGGAGCUCUGAUCGACGUGGCCAAGCACCUGGGCAACCUGACCUUCAACAUCUGGAACGCGAUGAGGGAGGUGGUCUCCUACGCCCCGGUGAUCCUGGACCCGAACACCGCCAAUCCGGAGCUCGCCGUGUCCGAGGACCUGACCGGCGUGACACACGGGGAGCGGCAGAAGCUUCCCGAGAACCCGGAGCGGAUCGACUACCACCGCUCGGUCCUGGGCUCCGAGGGCUUCGACUCGGGGACUCGCAGCUGGGAGGUGGAGGUCGGGGACAGUGCCUCCUGGUUCCUGGGUGUCGCCGCCGAGUCUGUCCAGAGGAAAGGACACAUCCACUCCGGAAUAUGGAGAUUGGGAUUAUCCAAUGGCCAGUACAAGGCCUGCUCCCCGUCGGCGCCGGCGGUGGUUCUCACGGCGAAGGCGAAGCUCCGGCGGGUCGGAGUUCAUCUGGACUGGGACGGAGGGAACCUGUCGUUCUACGACCUCGACGCCGACGCGCACGUACACACCUUCACGCACACGUUCGCGGAGAAGCUGUUCCCUUACGUCAGCAACAGCGACGAAUUUCCAGUUAGGAUUUUAAAGUGGGACGACGACGAUGACUCUGACUCUGACGAUGAAUAAAUGUCCUCGUCGAAGUAGCUUGGAUGGAUGGAUGGAUGAUAGAUAUAUGGCUUUAUUGAUCCUGGGAGAAAUUUUGGACUCUCAACUCUAUCGAUGAUCCAGUCUGUAAAAGAAGUCAUUUUAUCUUUUCUUAUGUUAAAUGUUUUGGGGGUUUUUUUUUACGUUAGGAGAAAAAGUUCUCCGAUCCUCUCUAUAAAAGAAACUUUACAUUUAUCUUUGGUGACUCUGGAACAAAAACAUGUUUAAUAUCAUUCUUAUUUUAAUACGUUAUGUUAUUUUCGUUAGAGUUGAUAGAAAAAAGACAUUGCGAUGAUUUUUUAAAGAGGCAACAGAAAACUUCCGGGCCCCUAGUGGUUCCAUGUGGUAUUGUCGCGUUUUGCGCCGUAAAUCGAGUCGUAGUUUUUCCCCCGGUGGCGACAGAAAGAAUUACAGGACGGUGUCAUUUUUUCUAUCAUUACUUGUCUAUUGCUGCCUUUAAGUGAACCCGGUUCUUUUUUCGGAGACACGUGUCUCUCUGAGUUUGUACAAAUAUUUAUUUUCCAUCAUCAGAUAUCGCUUCAUUAAACUUGACCGUGUGCA